GACGGGCAGCUUCGGCUGGACGUCUGGCGUGCUGAUGGCCAGCCUUCACAUUUGUGUCUCUGCGGUCGGCCUCGCGUUCCUGUUGCUCGUGCCGUCCGCCUACUACAAGCGGUUCCCGUUCGAGAGCCCGACCCCUGCGACGACCCGGAUCAAGGUUCUGCGCUACGCGGCCUGGGCCCUCACCCUGUCACUCAAGUUCUACACGGGGCGCGUCGUCUUCCGCGCCCUGAACAGCACGAUCGAGGAGCUCCAGAUCAGCCGCCCAGGGCACGAGUCUCUGGACCAGAUCGGCCAGCUGUACCUCAGCGUGGCGUGGUGCAGCGACGUGCUGCUGUGGAUGGUGCUGUGGAGCACGACCCUCGCGCUGUAUUUUGUGGACACGCAGUACUGGUUUCUGGUCCUCUGCACGAUUGUGGGCAUUCUGACCACUCUCGUUCGGAGGUUUGCUGCGAACGAGGGUGUCUGCUGGCUGAAGAACUGUUGGGGCGUUCUGCGCAGGGGGGACGGCAUGUCCAAGCUCACGGAGCGGUUCCAGCAGAAG